AUGGCUCAAGUGGAGCCGAUGGACGUCGAUGGUAUCAGCACCGAUUUUGAUGAUAAAGAAAACUCAUUACAGAACGGUAAUGUACUGCCGAAAACUCCUUCAACUGAAAAAGGAUAUGAAGAUCUUGAUGUAUCAGAACUAAAUAUGAAACUAAGAUACUCCAUGACUCCUGCUUCUUCUCCGAUGUCCAGAAGCUUUACAGCGAACUCUAAAGACAAUAAUAUGUGUGAUGAUGACAGUUCCAAUACAACAUUAAAUGAUAGUGGGAAUUUGACUUGGUCACUCAAUUCUACUAUAACUAAAAUGAACAGCAGCAUGAAAUCAUCAAAGUUUCCAUUACAAGCCUUAUCUACUGAACAAUUCUUGGAUGGAAAUGGGAAUCCUAUAAACAGAUCUCUUGAUAUAGAAUGUCAUAAUGUAACACUAACUUUAACCGGAUCUGACAAUAUAGAAGACAAUUUAUCAUUACCGAGUAAUUCAUCAUCAAUGGUUAACACACCUGAAGCGACCACACCGACUAAAGAAAUACCAAAAGACAGUGGUUCACCGAUCCUGCGCGGGUUGAAAAGUGUUUUGAAUAUGUUCCGACCAUCACAGAGCCCUGUAUCAGUAGAAGAUACCGUUACAAAUAAUCUAGCUUCCCCUCAAAAAAAGGAAGAUUCAUUAAAGCAUACCACAAGUUCACCGUCAACUCCAACCACAGUUAUCAAGAAUAAAGAAAAUAAUUCAAGAAGUAAUAGUUCUCUCAAAGAGAGUGUUGUAUUUCACGAUGAUUUGGAAAAAGAAUUAUCAUGGAAAGACGAUACGGGAAUAGUUUUUAAGGAAGAAAAAAUUCCAAUACACAAAUUACUUUUCAAAUCCAAUUCCACUGUUUCCGAUAAAACCAACAUCAAACCUAUCGAAAAUGAAAAUAUGAAUAAUACUGUUGAAUAUAUGGAUGUUUCAUUUGAUAAUUCUUUAGUUGAAAAUAAUAAAACUAUAACCGAAGAUGUACAUAUUCAAUAUACUCGUGACAGACGAAAUACUCCAGAAUCUGAUUGUGAAUUUCUCGACUGUGAAUCAUAUACUAAAAAUGACAGCAAAGUUAUCGAAGAUACUAUUCAAAUGGUAUCUGGAGUAACGGAAUCAUCUCAAAAUUCACCGAAACCAUCACUUCAACCAGAAAAUAUUAUUUGUGAAAGUAAUGCUUGUCCUCAAGUUGUUUGCAACUCAAUUGAACAGACUUACACUGCAAUAACAAAUAAUGAGAUUGAUGUGAAAAAAGAAGAAACAGAUUUAAAUUACAAGCAGAAUCUCGAAACUGAUCUAUUAAAAGCAGAAAUUAUUAUAGAACCUACUAAUAAUAUAAAUAUUUCAAAUGAAAUUAUACAAGAAAACAUUCCCAAAGAUCAAGAUUUACAUGAUUCACUCCAUUGUGAUAACAAGACAAUUAAUUUAAAUGAGGAUAUAAAACUCGUUUUACCGGCAGACAUAAAGCAUGACAGUCAUGUUACAUCAAAUGAAAUUAAUAAUACAUCUCAAUGUGUUUUAGACAAUAGUUUAGAUAGAGUUGAAAUUAUACAAACAAAUGGUAAUAAUGAAAUGAAAGAUGAAAUGAUUUCAAAACAAAAUUGUGAUGAAUUAUUGAGAAGUGUUCAUUUGACAACGGACAAUCCAAGUGUGUCUUCAGAGUGUCUAGGAGAUGAUGAACAGAAUAAUGUUAGACUAGAGGAAGAACAAGAAAUAAUAACUAAAUUUGAAGAAAAUAUAUGUAUUGAAAGUGAAAUUAAAGAAGUUCCUGAAAUUGUACAGCCUUGUGAAGAAGAAAUAAAUGAAAAUAAGGAAACAGAUUCUUCUAAUCAGAAAGUCAUCAUGAAUGUCUCUGAAUUCAAUGAAGUUGUAAAAUCACCAGAACAAGUACCACUACCAUGUGACAGCGAAGAUUUUAACAACGAACAACCUGAGAAAGAAAUAAACAAUACAACAAUAAAUUACUCAACUGAAAACACAAAUUUGAAUGAGUCUUACAGCCAAGAAAAUACAAAUACUGCAAUACCUGUUGAGAAUAUUAAGGGUCCUGAAAACAUUACCAUAUCUUCAGAAAAUACUCUUACAACAGAAACAUCUCACUUAGAAGUACUUAAUAAUACUGAGAAUUUUAAUACGGAAAUGAACUCGCCAAAUAACAGUAUCGUAAAUGAUACCAUGACUUGUCCAGAAAACGAUGUAUUAAUUCAAGAAACAGAUUUAAACAAAGAAGCUCCUCUCGAUAAUGCUGUAGAUGCUUUAGAAUCAAGGACAGAAGACAGUAAGAAUUUGUUAAACUCGAACUUAUCUCCUGUAGUAGACAGUUCUGACAUGGGCCAAAAAACUGAAAAUCAUUCAGAUGUCAUUUGUGUUAGUAACGCACAUGUGAAUAACGAAGAAACUAUUGAUGAUAAUUGUGUAAGAAUUGAUGAAAGUAUUCCACUGUGUGAUAAUAUGUCAGUCACCAAGGCGGAGACAAACGAAUAUACUUCUGAAAACAAAAGUAAAUUCACAUUGACAUUACAGAAAAAUACCUCCGAGAUUGAUGACAAAGCCGACCUCAAACUUGAUCCUGCUAAUAAUCUGCUUGAUGUUAAUAACAAGAAUGAAGAAACUCUUGAAAUAAUUAGUCCUUCAGCUAUUUCUAAUACUACAAUUGAAAUGGAAGAAUAUAUUGCUAAAAGAGAGUUAGAAAAUAUUGAGAAUCCUUUUGAAACUGUAAACAAACUGACAUCGUCAUUUGAAAUAAAAAGUUCUAUUAUUAGUAGCCAAGUUGAAAAGGAACAAGAUUUCGCCGAAAGUAUUCUUGAUAAUCACGAAAGUGAAGAAGCUAAAGAAAUGAAAACAACUGAAACCGUUAUUAAUACUACAACAGAUAUGGAAGUAGAUUUAUCUAAACAUGACUCAGAAAGUAAUUUGAAUCCCUUUGAAACUAUAAACAAACUGACAUCGUCAUUUGAAAUAGGAAGCACUUCAAUAAGUAGCAAAAUUGAAAAGCAACAAGAUUUCUCCGAAAGCCUGCUUGAACAACACAAAACUGAAGAAUCAAAUGCAAUGAAUCCAACUGAAACUGCUAUUAAUACUACAAUAGACAUGGUAGUAGAUUUAUCUGAAUAUUUCUUAGACAGUAACUUGAAUCCCUUUGAAACUAUAAACAAGCUCACAUCGUCGUUUGAAAUAAAAUCCGCUGAGAUUGAUGGCAAUGUCGACCUGAAACUAGAUUCUGCUAAUAGUUCGCUGGAUGUUAAUCAUACAAAUAAAAACACUGGUGAAGAAAGUGUUCCUGAAGCGAUCAUUAAUACUACAAUAGAUAUGGAAGUAGAUGUAUCUAAACAUGACUUAGAAAUUAAUAUGAAUUCUCUUAAAACUAAUGAAAAUGAUCACAUAAGUCCAGUAAAAGAACCUCUUGAUACACCUGUAGAAAAUGAGAUUGUAAAUAAAAUUGAUCUAAAGACAAAUGAUCAGUUAAACGAAACAACCGCAUGUGAUAACAUUAUAGGAACUGAAGAAGUUGUAUCAAAUUGUAAUAUAGAUAAUAUUGAGACUCUGAAAGAAAACAAUUUGAGUGCAGGAACAUUUGACACCCGAAUUUCCACCAGUGACAAUAAGGAAUUAGUUAUAGGAUACGCUGUCGAAACUACAUCCACAACUAAUGAUAAUGUACAAGAUGCGAUUAUCUCUUCAGCGAAUUGUGAUGAUGAUUCCACCGAAACUGUUGAACAUGAACUCGCAACUGCCAAAGAAAACUUAGAAAACCAGUUUGAAACAAAAAUUGUUGAAAGAUGUUCACCGCCCAUCUCUUCGAUGUUGAGAAAUACAGGAUAUAAUAUUAAUUUUGAUGACAUAGGUGACCCUUUUGCCACAAAAUCGAAUAUCAGAAUGUCACCACCACCUAGUGUCAUUGAAGACAAUUUUGUAAACAAUGAACCUAAGGAAAAACGAACGGUAAUGAAAAAACCACAGCUAUCGAGUAGACGAAAAUCGUGUCAAGAGCGGAAAAAGCCAAAUAUUGGAAAGAAAAGCAAUGCCUCUUUUGAUUGCGUUAUAAAUAGCAAUAAGACUUUUGACAGAAUUCAAGAGAGUCCUAUAAUUCCUGAAGGUGAUCAGGAUGACAACAGAAUGGAUGAUAUUAUUAAAGAAAAAGACGAUUUUGUUGACCCUCAUAUGAAAAUUGAGGAAAAUGUCCAAGUGAACCAAUCUGUAAGCACAAAUUCAACCAGUAAGAACGUAUUUAAUUUGCCUGAAAUACAUGACAUUAACUUUAAUCCAUUUGCAACUAAAACGAAAAUUCGACUGUCGCCCGAUAAACAAUCUGAGAAUAUUUCAAAUUAUACACAUGAUCGAAAUGAUUUCCCGCGUUCCGAACUACAAGAGGCAAUGGUUAAUAAGGAUGAGACAUUCAAUGUUGAAGAAAACAACGCGCAAGUAUCAGAAAAGAAUUUAACAUCGAAUUUAAGCAAUGUAACUUGUUCAUCUCCCAACACAAAAAAUGAAACAGUGCGAGAAGUUCACACAGAAGAUGAAGAUACGGAAGAAGGCCCUUUUCUUGAGGCAGAGGAUUUCGCUGAUUUUGUUAAAGUUACUGAUAUAGAAAUCGAAAAAGAUAUGAUGAAUUUUGACGACUUGCCAACACAAAGCAAUAAUGAUGAUAACAAUGAAAAUGGAGAAAUGUUUAUCGAUGCUGAAGCAUUUGAGUUUCUGCUUAACCAAAACAAAAGUAAUAUGGUCGCUGAUAGCGGUAAAGAAAGUCUAUUUCUUAAAUUCGAUCCACUGUUUGCAAAACGAGUUUCCUCCGACGGAGUAGUUGCCGCUCUGAACAAAAUUAAAAAUAGACAAAGCACUCCCAAGAAACCGACUCCGUUGAAGCCGAUUGUGCAAGAAGACAGUCCCUCACCAGAACAUUCAACUAUCACAAUAGGUACAGCUCCAGUGGCCGGCGAGGUGGUCGAAGACCCCGUUGCAACGACAUUUAAACCAAUGAUGGUAGUGAAUCCCGCAGUGGCUUCCAUAGUUUCGCCGAGGAAAUCUACAACUCCGCCAAGAGCCAAUAGACGUUCAUUAAAUAUUACAUCCCCCGCUAUGGCUGUUAUAGAUAGACUGUUAUCUCUCAGCGGGAACUCUUCGCGAUUAGAUGAAGCAAGUUCUGUACCUUUACCCAGACACUACAAUGAGACAGAUUUCGCCCUGACCCAACUCAGAGAACUAUUGGCGGAGAAAGAAAUAAACGUGCAUAAUUUAAGGCUAGAGUCAAAGGAAUUAAAAGAAAGAUUAGCAAACAUGGAAACUCAAGUGCAAAGCUUAGAACACGAGAGCAAAGAAAGAUUGAGAAAAGUGAACGAGCUCAACGAAAGACUGACUGAAAAGAAUGCUAUUAACAAGAGUCUGGCUGCAGUGGUCGAAGAAUAUGAACGGACCAUUGCUCGUUUGAUAGCAGGCAUGGAACAGGACAGAAAGAGGAAUGCAGAAGAGAGACAGAGAAUCAUCAGCGAGAGAGAUGAACAGACAGCCCACCUCGCGAGCAUGGAGGUGUCCUUCAGAGAUCUACACAGUAAAUACGAGAAGAGUAAGCAGAUUAUAUUAAACAUGAAGGCCAACGAGGACAAAUACAGGAAAUCUCUGAAGACGUUCGAAGAUAAUUUAUUGAAAAUGCAGAACAAUUAUGAAUUACUCAAACAGCAUGCGACAUCGAAGCUAAAUCACGCCAAUCAAGAAUUGGAGAAGUACAACAGGAGUCAUGAGGCGGAGGUUUUGAAGCUAAACGCUAUGAUUAAAAGGAAGGAAUUACAUAUCACGUCACUGGAAGAAUCGCUGUCUCAGAAGACCAAGGCCAAUGAAGAAUUGACGGCCAUAUGCGAUGAGCUCAUUAAUAAAGUAGGAUGA